GGCGCUUCCUGUGACGUAGUCAUCACGUGCAGCGCUGCCUUGGCAGCAGCGAUUCGCUCACCGUGCUUGUCGUCCGGGCUAUACUUGAACGGCGUCAAACGACAUAAUGUGGCAUCGAAUGUAUGCAGAAGUCGCUACUCUUUCGAGCGAGGGAACACGGACGGUCGUCGCCGGACAAUUUGGGGCACAUGGUCAUACUGAACCCAGGACAGGCUCGCAAUACGCUAGCGACCCUGACAACAUCGGUGCGAUUUCGAAGCAUGCUGGGGUCACAAGCAAAGCACUACAAACGACGAGUAAGCAUGAGCGCUCGAACACUGAUGUCAUCGACCACUUAAUAUCGGGUUUCAGCGCCGACGUCGUCGAUCUGCUCAAACUUUUCAUAGGAACAACCACAACAGCUCUUGAGACCGAUGAACUUGAUGAGAAUGGACAAUAUGUUGGGUGCACGAUGGAGUCCGCUUUGCUCGAUUCCGCUAAGAGGCUAUUGUGGGCAUUGGUCCAUCCCAAAGCAGCACAGCGUUUGUCGUCAACAUUCCGACUGGGGAUACAGAGCACUGGUGAGGAGCCAGCUGCGCGUCUGCUCCGUGCAAGUGGCACUAUCGUUGCGGAUCCCAAAUGCGGCCUGGAUGCCAUCGAACUAUCUUUGAGUAUGAAAUCAUCCUUGCAGCAAAACCUGAACGGCAUCGAGUCUGUGCCCCUCCAAACAAUCAGAUUUGGCUUCAAAGACUCUGAAGCCUGGCCGUGA